AUCUUCGCCACCCACUCCACCCAAUCCACAUUGGUUUGAUUUUUUUCAUUACCUCCCCUCUUCUCCUCCCUACUGUCAGUGUCCUCUUUUCCCAUGUCAGGGAGAUCGGGAACUGCAAACUGUUGAAUUUGGAUAUUCCCCUCUACAAAUUGAAAGCUCAUCUCUUUGAACCUGUCUCCGAUAAUAGCACUUUUCCCCUGAAAAUCAAAGUCCUGCCUUUUCGCUUGUGUCUCGGAACAUUGUUCACUCCUUUCUGAUCAAAUCCACUGUCAGCCCAAAGGGCCACGCCUCAAUUACUUAUCCUUUGUUAUUGUUGUUCUUACAAGACUUUCCAAAAUGCACGAGAGCCUGCGAUUUUUCUCGGUCUUAAAGCAGAUCGAAAAGUCGCCGGCGAGUUGAUGGAAUCAACAUCGUGGGUUUCUCUGCUUAUCCUAUUCCAUGGAGGUAAUGGUUCGGUGUAGUCCCUGCAGUCGGUCCAGAUUUGAUUGUGCGCUUCGAUUCGCUGUCGUCGUUCUCGAGAUUAUAUUGAUACUGGCAUGUUCGGAGGCCACGAAUGCAAUACCUCAAGAAAACCAACUUCAAUGGGGAGACCCGGGCAGAAGAAGUGAGAACAUUGCAUCGCACUCUUGCAUCCAUGAUCAGAUACUUGAACAGAGAAGGCGACCUGGUCGCAAGGUGUAUUCCAUUACCCCACAGGUUUAUGAUCCUGGCCUUCCAAAAGCCCUUCAGCAUAAAGGCAGGUCAUUACUUGGAGUGUCAAUAUCAGGUCCUCAAAAUGAUGCAAAGCAACCUAUUAGAAUAUAUCUCAAUUAUGAUGCUGUAGGCCACUCUCCUGAGAGAGAUUGUCGAAAAGUUGGUGAUAUUGUCAAACUUGGAGAGCCUUCAAUGACAGCCCCUCCUGGUUUCCCUACUUGUAAUUCUCAUGGCGAUCCUCCUAUUUUGGGGGAUUGUUGGUACAACUGCACUGCAGAAGAUAUUUCAGGAGAGGACAAGAAACAUCGCCUUCGCAAGGCAUUGGGUCAGACAGCCAAUUGGUUUAGGAGAGCAUUGGCUGUCGAGCCUGUCAAGGGAAACUUGCGAUUAAGUGGAUAUUCUGCUUGUGGACAAGAUGGAGGCGUGCAACUUCCUCGUGAAUAUGUUGAGGAGGGCGUAUCUGAUGCUGACUUGGUUCUUUUGGUGACUACAAGACCUACAACUGGGAAUACACUUGCUUGGGCAGUGGCAUGUGAAAGGGAUCAAUGGGGCCGUGCCAUAGCUGGACAUGUAAAUGUUGCUCCUCGCCAUCUGACAGCUGAGGCUGAGACUUUGCUGUCAGCGACUCUGAUACAUGAGGUUAUGCAUGUUCUUGGUUUCGACCCACACGCCUUUGCUCAUUUUAGAGAUGAAAGGAAAAAACGUCGCAUUCAGGUCACUGAACAGGUUUUGGAUGAGAGACUUGGGAGAAUGGUAACCCGUGUGGUGCUUCCACGAGUUGUCAUGUAUUCACGACAUCACUAUGGGGCUUUCUCAGAAAAUUUUACUGGUUUAGAGCUGGAAGAUGGAGGAGGACGUGGUACAUCAGGAUCUCAUUGGGAAAAAAGGCUUUUGAUGAAUGAGAUUAUGACUGGUUCUGUGGAUACAAGAUCUGUAGUUUCGAAAAUGACACUUGCUCUCUUGGAAGACAGUGGAUGGUACAAAGCCAAUUAUAGCAUGGCAGAUAAUCUUGAUUGGGGUCGCAACCAAGGUACUGAGUUUGUUACCUCCCCUUGCAAUCUCUGGAAGGGGGCCUAUCAUUGCAACACAACACAGUUGUCUGGUUGUACAUAUAAUAGGGAGGCAGAAGGAUACUGCCCAAUUGUAACUUAUAGCGGAGAACUCCCUCAAUGGGCUCGAUAUUUUCCGCAAGCUAAUAAAGGUGGACAAUCCUCACUGGCUGAUUACUGCACUUAUUUUGUUGCGUACUCUGAUGGAUCAUGUACAGACACCAGUAGUGCAAGGGCACCUGAUAGAAUGCUGGGUGAAGUCCGAGGGAGUAACUCUAGGUGUAUGGCCUCAUCAUUAGUACGAACAGGAUUUGUACGGGGUUCUAUGACCCAGGGAAAUGGUUGUUAUCAGCACAGGUGUAUCAAUAAUUCUUUAGAGGUUGCUGUGGAUGGUAUCUGGAAAUUAUGUCCUCAAGCUGGUGGACCCAUUCAAUUCCCUGGAUUUAAUGGUGAAUUGAUCUGCCCUGCAUAUCAUGAGCUCUGUGCCACAAACCCUGUCAAGAUACCCGGCCAAUGUCCCAGUUCUUGUAAUUUCAAUGGAGACUGUAUUGAUGGAAGGUGCCGCUGCUUUCUAGGAUUUCAUGGUCAUGAUUGCAGUGGGCGCUCCUGCCCUAGGAAUUGCAGUGGCAAUGGCAAAUGUCUCUCCAAUGGGAUUUGUGAAUGUAAAGACGGCUAUACUGGCAUUGACUGUUCCACCGCUGUUUGUGAUGAGCAAUGCAGCCUCCAUGGUGGGGUUUGCGAUAAUGGAGUUUGUGAAUUCCGUUGUUCUGACUAUGCGGGAUACACAUGCCAGAACAGCUCCUUGCUUCUCUCCAGUUUGUCAGUUUGUAAAAAUGUGCUGGGAAAGGACGUGUCUGGACAGCAUUGUGCACCGAGUGAACCAAGCAUCCUGCAGCAGUUAGAAGAAGUAGUUGUCAUGCCCAACUACCACCGACUAUUUCCUGGUGGGGCUAGGAAAUUAUUCAACAUAUUUGGCAGCACUUACUGUGAUGAGGCUGCUAAACAACUAGCCUGCUGGAUCUCUAUCCAAAAGUGUGAUAAGGAUGGUGACAACCGCCUCAGGGUCUGCCAUUCAGCGUGUCAGUCAUAUAAUCUAGCGUGUGGGGCCUCACUUGACUGCACUGACCAAACCUUGUUUAGCAGUGAAGGGGAAGGCAACGGCCAGUGUACGGGCUCUGGUGAGAUGAAAAUGUCUUGGAUUAAUCGACUGCGAACUACAUUUUCUUUGAGGAACAGUUCCUUGAAAGGAAUUGCUGUAAAAUACAGGCAACUUUAACGUCAGUUCAUUUUUCUCUCUGGGGGAUUUUGGCUUGUAAUUUUUCCGGGGUUAUUGUUGCAGGGAAAAGGUGGCAUGUAACUCCUUAGAUUUAGUGGGUGCUUCCUCAUCCAAAAUUGUUUAGGAAAAACUGGAUGAGGAGGAUACAGUUUGGGCUUUCGAAGAGGAGAGCCUUUUGUAGAGAAAAUUGGAAAUGUAUGAAAAGAGAAAGUAGCAGAGGAACAAAGUAUAUAUAUUGAGUUGGUUGUCAAAAAUUUGGCCGAAGGCCUCAAAAAAGUCCGAUGUUUCAUCUCUUGUAUAUAUUAUUUGACCCAUGUCUCUUGGUUC